AUCCCGUCCUCUCGCAUCUUCAGCGUACGCAAUCAGCGGGAGAGCCGUGGCGACGGCUUCGCUCGCACGCAGCGUCGUCAGUCAGAGAGGAGAAGGGUUUCGACUGUUCAAGUGAGUCGUCGUCGUCUUCCCCUCUCUUGAUUUCCAUUUUUUGUUUCCCUGCAUCCAAGUGCUCCAGACCACGGGUGUUGCUUCUUAGCCACACUAAUAGAAACCAGCCUACUCUCACCGCACAAACGCAUCUAAUCCCCUCGUCAAUGUACCGUCUGUUAUUCUUGCGCGCCAACUGUUUGUGGUUUUGUCAGAGCAGGCAGCAACUGUUGUUGGUUCUUUGGGGUAGUACACCACGGACAGAAGCCGCUAAAAUUUCAAUUUAUACACCAAGGGUUUGUAGGCAUUGGGAUGAUUCUGCAUUUACGUGCCAAAAAUACCCAAAGCCACUUGUCGUGGACUUCUGAGUUCUGACAAGGACACACAGCCGCCCGAUUACGGCCGGCAGUAGCUUUGAAAAAUCCUUGUAGAAAUCUGUGGCUACAGCCUGGCUCCAAGCGAGCCAAGAGUUCUUCGUCCAUGCCGUACGUGGCUCGUCUUCUUCUCGCAGGGAGACACGGCGAGAUCGAACAUGGACACCGUGUUCCUGUUCUUCCUCCUCGUUUUCUCGCUGCCCCAUGGAAUUACCUUUUCCGCCGCCGCCGACCGGUGCGACCGCCGUUGCGGCGGUUUCACCGUCCCUUACCCUUUCGGGUUCUCCGCCGGCUGCCCCAUCCUGCUCUCCUGCGACGCCAACGCCUCCACGCCGACGGCGACCCUCCCAAUCAGAGCACCCAACGGCAUGUCCUACCACGUCGUGGCCUUCAACUCCUCCGCCUCGACCGUCCUCGUCGCGGUCCCGCCGUCGUGCGCCCGCACCGUAAAGGAAGCGAGGACCGCGCUAUCUGGCCCCAACUACGGCGUCUCCGCCCGCACGGGGCUCUUCCUCCGCGGGGGCGAGUGCCGCGCGCCGCCCGAUGCCUCCGCUUGCAGCCUUCCCUCCGGCGUCAUCUCCAGCCUGCUCCGCACGGCGCAGUGCGCCGCCGCUUGGAACGACGGCACCGCCGUGGCGUGCAUCGCCUCCGCUGCGGCCCCGAACGCCACGUUCCUGCGAUGGGAGAAGGCAGAGGAGAACACCAACUGCAACGACGUGCUGACGUCAGCGGUUUUCGUGGAGGGGAAGUCGUCCAUGGAGUUCGGCGUGGCGGACCUGGGCUGGUGGCUCGAUGGGACGUGCGCCGCUGUCGGCGACAAAGGCGCUGGGAGUUGCGCGGCCAACGCGACGUGCACCGACGUGCGGACGCCGGGAAGGACGACGGGGCACCGGUGCGUGUGCAAUGCGGGGUUGGACGGCGACGGCUUCUCCGCCGGCGACGGAUGCUACCCUCCGAGAUUUGUGCAUGUCUCAAUAUCGACACGGUGGAUCCUCCUGCUGGCGGUUGUCAUCGUUUACCUGCUUUCUAUCACCAUCGUGGCUUGCUUCCUCUUGUGCCGUCGGAAAAUGCGCAAUGCUAGGAAGACGGUGAGACGACUAUCAAGAGAGGCGACCGUAUACCACGACGAACUAGGGGAUAAUGAGCUCGACCAAGGAACCACCGGCCCUCGGCGAUUUUCCUACCAUGAACUUGCUGCCGCUACCAACAAAUUCUGCGACGACGGGGUGCUUGGUAAAGGAGGCUUCGGGUCCGUGUACCGAGGAUUCCACGGUGGCAUGAACCGUGAAUUGGCUGUCAAGAGGGUGUCCGAGACCUCUCGACAGGGCUGGAAAGAGUUUGUCUCAGAAGUGAGGAUCAUCAGCCGGCUCAGGCACCGAAACCUUGUGCAACUCAUUGGUUGGUGUCAUGGCGACGACGAGUUGCUCCUUGUAUACGAUCUGAUGCACAAUGGCAGCCUCGACACCCAUCUGUACGCAACAGAUAGCGUGUUGGCAUGGUCUGUAAGGUAUGAGAUAGUGCUCGGUCUAGGUUCCGCGCUCCUGUAUCUGCACGAAGACACAGAGCAGCGUGUGGUGCAUAGGGACAUCAAGCCAAGCAACAUCAUGCUGGACGCCUCGUUCACCGCCAAGCUUGGCGACUUCGGGCUCGCCAGGCUCAUCAACGACGGUCGAAGGUCACACACAACAGGCAUAGCUGGCACGAUGGGGUAUAUUGACCUGGAGUGCGUGCUCGCUGGCAGGACAAGCGUCGAGUCAGACGUCUACAGCUUCGGUGUUGUCCUCCUCGAGAUCACCAGUGGCCGCCGUCCGGCGGUAGUUACUAGAGACGAGGAGGUCAUCCGCUUGGUGCAGUGGGUAUGGGAUUUUUACGGCGGAGGAGCGAUCCUUGACGCCGCCGACAAGCGCCUAAGCGGCAGCGGUAUUGAAGGUCAGGAGAUGGAACGUGUGAUGAUCGUUGGACUCUGGUGCGCGCACCCCGACCGCGGCCUACGGCCCUCCAUCAGGCAAGCCAUGAACGUGCUACGGUGUGAAGCGCCGUUGCCAAGCCUCCCGGCGAGGAUGCCAGUUGCAACCUACGGGCCACCAACUAAUUCUUUGGGUUCUGGAACAAUGGUCAUGAGCAGUGUUGGCGGCCGAUGAUGAUGAUCAAAGGGAAUCAAAGGGAAUAAUUGUUUUUCUCUGGGACGGAGCCUCAUAUUCCACCUAUGAGGCCUGGCCUUUUCUUCAAAUUGUUGAUAUUUAGCCAUUUCAGCUUCACUGAGAUUUUUGAAUUUUCAUUUUGAUUGUGAAACCUAUAUGAGGCGUCUCUCUCCAAAUUGUUGAUAUUGUAACAAUUCUAGCUGAGCAUA